CGGCCGCCUCGUUACUUGGUCAGCCAGCCACCGCGAUCUGUCCCACGGCGGCGAUGGCGCUCUCCUCCUCCCGGCCGCACCACCUCCUCCGCCGCUUCCACGCCUCCGCCCAGGCUCUCGCGCGGGUGGACCCGCACGAGCACUCGCAGCCAAGCGGCUACCUCGGGAGCUGGGGCCAGUCCGCCCCCGCCGCGGCCGCAGCGGGCGGCGGCGACACGCGGGAGGCGUGGGCGAGGCUCGAGCGGCUGCGCAAGGGGUACGCGCGCGACGUGGGGACGCUGCGCAAGCAGUACGCCUACGAGGCGCAGCUGCUGGAGGCCGAGCGGCAGCGCAAGGCGGAGGCGCGCGCCGAGGCCGUCCGCGCCGCCAACGAGGAGCGCAAGGCCGCCAAGGCCGCCGCCGCGCAGACCAGGGCCGCAGAGCGCCGCGUCUUCGAGCUCGACUUCCGCCAGGCCCUCAUGAGGGAAAGAGCUGAAAAGCUGGAGAGCUGGAGGAACAAGGAGAAACUCAAAGCACAGAAGAAGACGGACAGCAGGGAGCUCCUGCGCAAGAAGAGCUCUAUGUGGAUCUCCGAGGAUAAAAUGGAAACGAAGAUUCUCCAGGCUAUCAUGCAUACCACGCCUCUCUGAGAGUUCAUGCUGUGAGGUCAGCUCAACUUUUAUCCCUCUGGUCUGCAGGAAACUAGAUGAUCUAUCCUGGAUAGUAGGAAUGAAGCUUCGUUGCCAUUCCCUCUUAGAAACUACUCUAUCACAGUUGUCUUAAGAAAUAACAACCAUCUAUUGGAAUUCUGUGCUACUCUGAAGCUUUCUGUUUCUGAACUUGUCCUAUAAUGUUCAUCUAAAAAACUUGUGCUGUAAUGUCAAGUAACAUGGAGCUCACAUUGAGUUUCAGAAUUGAUUUUUCUUCAUAGAAACUGUUC